AGGCACAGACAGAAGCAUUUUGCAUACGAUCAAUAAGGUUUUUCAGUUUGUACAGUUGGUAUUUUCAGCAUUCUUGGUGUGAUUUGUGACUGUUCGAGAAUGGCAACAUGGCAAGUGCGUAUGGCGACAACAGAGGAUGUUCCAGAAAUUUUGCGAAUGAAAACGGACUUAGCUGUAUUUGAGAAGCAACCAGAAUCAAGAGUUAAACUUACUGAGGAAGAAAUACGAAGGGAUGGUUUCGGAGAAACACCAUGGUUCAGCUGUCUGAUAGCAGAAGAGGUGAACCCCAGUGAAGAAAAGAACUGCAGCUUACCAAGGAAAAAGGCUGUUGGUUAUGCAUUAUUUUUCAACAUUUAUUCCACUUGGGAUGGCCGAUCUCUCUAUUUGCAAGACCUUUAUGUCGACUCAGCUUUUAGAGGAAAAGGAAUUGGAAAAGAGUUGUUGAGACAAGUGGCUCAAAUUGCUGUUGAGAAGGGUUGUGCCAGAGUGGACUGGGGUGUUCUUUACUGGAACAAAAUUGCAAGAGAUUUCUAUGACAAGCUUGGAGCAGUGUGCUUAGAUGAAUGGCGUCGGUAUUGCCUAAUGGGACAAGGUUUGCUGGAAUUUGCCAGCAAGGAACUUUUGUAGUACAACUAUACCAGUAGGCUUGUAAAAUUCUCUGGUGGUAUAUUCUGAAUUAUCAUGAGUGAAUACCAAAUGACAAAUCAACUACAUACAAAAAGCUGUUCUCUCCUGAACCAUUGAAGAUUUGAUGACACAAAGACUACCUGCUACACUAACACAAUUAACCCUUCAAACCCCAAGAGUGACCAGCACCUAAUUUCUCCAAACAAUAUCAUCCUGAAUCAAACAUUAAGGUCAUGAGAAUGAAGGAAAUGAUGUUCAACAAAAGAUGCUUUUGAUCAGUAAACAAAUUCUCCUUGUUAGUCCCUCAGGAAGUGUAUAAAGAAAGGUAUAGAGAAUAUGCAUGAUGACAGCAUGUAAAGGGUUAACAAAUUUGGAUCAAUGACAGUAUCUGAGCAACUGAGUACCUUCCCCUCCCUUAACCAAACAUUAACCCUAAAUUGUUAUCAGUUGACUGUCUUUGGGUUAGGGGAGGGGUAGGUGGGCAGUUGCUCAGAAUCUUGUCAUCAGUUGAGCAAGGAAGUGUAAAAUGAGGGGGCCUUGGGAGAGGAGAUACUAUAUCCCUCCCAGUCCUCCUAAGAAUCCCUUCCUGUGGCUAUCUAUCCCCAUUCCUCAUAUUUUUUGGGAAUGAUAUAUAGAUUUAGCCAAGCCUAAAAGCGGAGCUCGCAUUUUGUUUUUCCCGCACGUUUCAAGGGCACAACGCCUUGCCCCGGCCAGGAGUAGAACCCGGGUCGUCGGACUCGGAGCCCAGUGCACUGACCA